AUUAGGAAGAAGAUGCAGACGCUCUUGAUUCAUUCUUGACGGAAAACAAACUCAUUGAAAAGUUAAGAGCGAGAUAAAGACAACUCAUAACGAAAAUGAACUUUUUGCCACAACCCCAUCUCCACCUUUAAACUGAGAUUCAUAUUCUACAAGCAGUAAUCAGUUAUCAGUAAUCAAGUCAAAGAAUCAAUGGACGCCAAGAAAAUAGUUGUGGUGGUUGAAGAUUUAGAGGUCGCAAGAACCGCUUUAUUAUGGGCUCUCCAUAAUCUUCUCCGCUAUGGCGAUGUCAUCACUCUCCUCCACGUGUUCCCUUCGAUGAAAACAAGAAACAAGAAGAAGCUUCGGCUGCUCCGCUUGGAAGGGUUCCAGUUGGCGCUCUCCUUCAAAGAAAUUUGCAACAAGUACUUCUUCAACACAAAAGUUGAGAUUGUUGUUUCGGAAGGCGAUGAAGAUGGCCUCAGAAUCGCUUCCAUGGUGAGAGAAAUUGGUGCUUCGACGCUCGUUGUUGGUCUCCAUGAACAGAGCUUUCUUUACAAGUUGGCUUUGGCCCACAGCAAUUUAGCAAGCAACUUCUUCAAUUGCAGAGUGCUAGCCAUUAAACAAUCAGGAGGGGCAGCUGCAGCGGCACCAACGCUAGGCAGCUUAACAAACAUGGACUUUUCAAUGAUCGAAAUCAGUAGAUUACAAGUCCCCGAUUUGCCUUCACCGAAAAUCCCAUAUCAGAUAUGCCCCAGCCCUUAUGCAAUUAUUUGGAGAUGCAAGGAACCCAGGAAGAGAAGUUCUUCUGGCUCAAUCAACAACUAAAUUAUGUGUUUUAGGUCCAUUUUUUAGGCAUGGUUUUGGUUUGGGGCCUCUCUAGCUUUGCUUUUCUUCUUUGUCUUGUCAUACACCACACACACAAUUUCUAUACAAGAAAAAAUAAUAGUGGAAUUCACAUCA